GUCGGCGGUGGCGGUGGUGGCGGGCCGCAGGAGCGCGUUCACCAGGCUCCGCGAUCGGUCCAGCCCGAUCCGAAGUAUCCCUACGAAACCUACCAGGCGCAAAUCCCGGACUGCUGCGCGGCCGCGGUAGGGGUGCAAGACCCGUACCCACGGCCGCCCAGCGGCUACGACACCAGGUGUUACGACGAGUACCAUCGCAGGACACCGUACCAGGAGGAGCCCUAUCCGCAGGAUGUCUCGACAUUCCACCGGUCCCAGUCUAGACUGGGCUACGAGGAACGUCCUCAGUCCCGGGUGGGAUACGCCUCGGAUUCCAGGUGCGCCAGCGGGCUCGGAUACGACGACACCGGUGGGGGUUACCUGGAUCAGAGUGACCCGAGAAUGUAUUGCACCGGCGGCUAUUGCAUGGGAGAUACGAUGAUGGCGACGAACAGAGGCGUACGCGGCGAGGAGCUCGAGCUCGACAUGCGGAGGCACAUUCAGGCAUGCGCCUGCACAUGCAACCACAUGGGCUACGGGAAUCACAUGGACUAUCAGACCACGUGCCUAACAGAACUGCCAGACGUGGCGCCUUGCAACGGCACCUUGCGACUACCGCCGCCGUGCGAGGACUCGCCUAGCAGCGGCAGCAGCAAGGAUCGCAGAGACGAGAGUCCGCGCAGGAGGUGUCGGCUGUUGGCGCCUGUCCUGCUCCUAGUGGCCGUCCUGCUCCUCGGAGGCCUCUGUCUGCCGUUUCUAUUACAAUCCGCGCCUGCCACGCACCAGCAGAGGCUGGACGUGAUCAGGAGGAUUCUCACUGAAGUGCCUCUGAUCGACGGGCACAACGAUUUGCCCUGGAACGUCAGAAAGUUCGUACACAAUCAACUUGGCGAAGUCAACCUGAGCAGCGAUCUCGGCAGGGUCGACCCUUGGGCCAGAUCAGACUGGAGUCACACGGACAUCCCUAGAUUACGCGCUGGCCUCGUCGGUGCACAGUUUUGGUCCGCCUACGUUCCUUGCGGUGCCGCUCAGUUAAAUGCAGUUCAACUCUCACUGGAACAGAUCGACGUGAUUCGUCGACUCGCCGAAAUGAAUGCUCAACACUUAACCCUGGUUACCUCCGUCAAAGGUCUCAUCGAGGCGCAUAGAGAAGGCAAGAUCGCAAGUCUAAUCGGAGUGGAAGGUGGUCAUUCCCUGGGGAAUUCCUUGGGUGUCCUCAGGACGUUUUACGGUCUGGGAGCGCGAUAUCUUACUCUGACACAUGCGUGCGACACCUCCUGGGCAGUCUGUUCUGUUGGCGAGACGAACAACACUCAGGACUCCACGCCGGGCCUCAGCGAAUUUGGGAAAGCAGUUGUCAGGGAAUUGAACAGGCUGGGCAUGCUGGUCGAUCUCUCGCAUGUCUCGACAAGAACGAUGAGGGCGGCCCUGCAGACGACGAGGGCGCCGGUGAUCUUCUCGCACAGCGCUGCCCGGGCGCUGUGCAAUUCUACCAGGAACGUGCCGGACGACGUGCUCAGAAAUCUGGCUAAGAAUGGCGGAGUGGCGAUGGUCCCUUUUUAUACCUACUUCAUAACAUGCAACAGCACCGCUACUAUAAAAGACGUUAUUGCACACAUCAAUCAUAUUCGAAAGGUGGCGGGGAUCGAUCACGUUGGGAUCGGAGCGGGCUUCGACGGGAUAAAUUUCACUCCCACGGGUUUAGAGGAUGUCUCGAGGUAUCCGCAACUAUUGGCCACCUUGCUGGAGGAUCCUACGUGGACGGAGGAGGACAUCAAGAAACUAGCCGGCCUCAACUUGCUGAGGGUGUUCGCGAAAGUCGAGCAGGUCCGCGACGAGUGGCACAGGGCGGCGGUGCUGCCCGUGGAGAAGAUCAGUCCACCGGACAACUCGGCCUGCGUCUACGGCGCGUCCUGAUCCUCUUUGAGGACAAUCGUGCCGGGAUUUCUCGACUUUGCGCGAUCGCCCAAGAUCCUGCGGGUGCCGCGCUAUUACUGGAGCCUG